GCAGACAGUGUUAUUAGAUCAAACUCUGAACAGUUAAAGAAAAUGUUUAACAUGUUUGUUUUGUUCUGUUUGUGCGGCUGGAGUCUGAUUGGUGUGAUUGGUGCUGAUGAAGUGAAGUCAGUGUCAGUGAUGGAGGGAGAUUCUGUAACUUUACACACUGAUGUUACUGAACUACAUGAAGACGACGACAUACUGUGGAAAUUUGCAGCUGAAAGCAUAGCUAAAAUCAGCAUUCAGAAACAAAACUUCUCCACAUUUGAUGAUGUUCUAGAUGGGAGAUUCAGAAACAGACUGAAGCUGGACGAUCAAACUGGAUCUCUGACCAUCACAAACACCAGAGCUGAACAUGCUGGAAUUUAUAAACUAGAGAUAAGUGGAGUGAAAUCGUCAUCAAAAUCAUUCAGUGUUUCUGUCUAUGCUCAUCUGCCUGUUCCUGUCAUCAGCAGUAACUCUUCACAAUGUUUUUCAUCAUCAUCAUCAAAUUGUUCAUUGAUGUGCACAGUAAUGAAUGUGAGUCAUGUGACUCUCUCCUGGUACAAAGGAAACAGUUUAUUGUCCAGCAUCAGUGUGUCUGAUCUCAGCAUCAGUCUCUCUCUACCUCUGGAGGUGGAAUAUCAGGAUAAAAACACCUACAGCUGUGUGCUGAACAAUCCCAUCAGCAACCAGACUCAACAUCUGGACAUCACUCAACUCUGUCACACAUGUGCAGACUCUGUCCACUGUUGUGGUUCUACUGAAGCUGUGAUCCGAUUGGUCCUCUCUGCUUUGGUGGGCGUGGCUACUGUCAUUGGUCUGGUUUAUGACAUCAGAUCCAGGAGAGCUGAACAAGAUCAAGCGCAUUUUCACACAUCAGGUACCUCACUGGUGAUGUCAUUUCUCAGAAACUGUUUUUGCAUAAAUAUUUGUUAGAUUUAUUGAUUUAUGGCUUUAUAUGUUCAUCUUUUUCAGGAAGAAUUGAAAUCUAAAGCAGCAUGCUGAACAUUAAAGGUUCCUCAAGUGUGUUUCUUGUUCCUUUAGUGUUUUUGUACUAAUAAAUGUAUUUUUUUUACUUAAGCUUGUGCUCUCGCUUUGCUUUUGCAGUGUCUGAUAUUUUAAUCCAAUUUGAAAAGCUUUGUUUAGAUUUCCCUCAGAUACAUAAAACAAAUUAAUAAAGAUACACAGAUCUCACUUUACUACUACUUUUAUCCAUUUGUCAUAUGUAUUUACUUGCCUUUAUCAAUAAAGCUUUCUCAGUCUGAGGUUCAAGAGUCUCUUCAUGUUAUUAUGUCGAGCGCCUCCUGCAGGAAUACAA